AUGAUGAAAUUUAAGCCGAACCAGACGCGGACGUACGACCGGGAAGGCUAUAAGAAGCGGGCGGCGUGCCUCUGCUUCCGCAGCGAGCGGGAGGAUGAGGUGCUGUUGGUGAGCAGUAGCCGAUACCCAGAUCAGUGGAUUGUGCCAGGUGGAGGCAUGGAACCAGAAGAGGAGCCAGGAGGAGCAGCUGUCAGAGAGGUGUAUGAAGAGGCUGGAGUAAAGGGCAAGCUAGGCAGACUGCUUGGGAUCUUUGAGCAGAACCAGGACCGGAAGCACAGGACCUACGUUUAUGUCCUCACUGUGACAGAAAUCCUGGAGGACUGGGAGGACUCAGUCAACAUAGGAAGGAAAAGAGAAUGGUUUAAAGUGGAAGAUGCAAUCAAGGUCCUUCAGUGUCACAAGCCUGUUCAUGCAGAGUACUUGGAAAAACUGAAACUGAGCUGUUCACCCACUAAUGGAAACUCUGUGGUCCCCCCUCUUCCAGACAAUAACUCCUUGUAUGUCACUUCUGCACAGACUUCUGGGCUGCCCUCCACUGUGAGAUAAAGGUUUGGAUUUCCCUUUGUGUUGCUGCCAUCAGGAGGGGAGACAGCUGUGCCCACAUCUAGGCACCUGUAACAGUGUCAGCUCCACCUGAGGUCUGUCCAUGUGUCAGUGUCCAGCUGCUUUCA